AUGGACUUUGAUAGCCUUGCAAAGGAGCAGUCAGAUCGAGUCUUUCAAGUGUGGAUACAAAAUCUCCUAAGGAAUUCGCCUGAGGAUUUGGCCGGCAGGCUUGCUUCCCGGCAUUGUUCUGGCACACCUGUUACAGCUUCACUGCUUCCAAAUGGCGCUUUUAAUGUUUGCUAUCGCGUUACCUACGAAAAUGGCCAUCGCUUCCUGGUUCGCUUUACGGCCUUUGGUCGGGUCAUCGCUUGCAAUGAAAAGGUUGAGGAUGAGGUGUCAAUCAUGAAUUAUGUUGCGCAGCACACCACUAUUCCUGUUCCAAAAGUCCUCGGACAUGGCCAAUGCGUGGUGGGCCCGUACAUCGUGAUGUUUUUUAUCGAAGGGAGAGCACUGAGCAGAUACCUCAGGGAUUCGUCGCAGAAGACGAUCACAUUGAAUUCGAAGGUCUCAAUGUCUAUAUUGAGGAGAGCUUAUUUCAGUAUGGCUGAAGUACUCCUUGGGCUGUCGAAGCCUGAGUUUCCGUACAUCGGAGCCAUCAGACAGGACGAGUCAGGUGGUUGGACUGUGCCAAAGCGCCCGCUGACUUUCAACAUGAAUCGACUUGCUCAAUUCUCGAAUAUUCCACACAGUGUCUUCGGGCGACAGCAUUUCAGCAAUGCUGCAGAUUAG